GGUGCUUAGGACGACUCCUCGCCAGAACAGACUCAUACCUCUUGGACUUCCUAGUGCAUACAGUGUGUUCAGUUCAGUGUGUGACCUACUAUUGGCCCAAGUGAACGAAAAUGAGGCUGUACUUUGUGGGGGCAGUGUUAUGCAUUGUCUUGCUGCAAUGCAGAGCGAAUCCCAUCAUAACCAUAACAGCGGACCACGAUAGUCGCUCUCUAGAACCUCAAACGCAAAUACAGAAAGAAGGGGAGAUACAAGAAGAGACACAAGGCGUUUUUAAAAGUGAAGAAACUAAACAACAGACUCCUGAGAAGCCUCUGGAAGAUAACAUUGCUGAAGCUACGUCAGACGAAUUAAAAAAAACUGAAGUCGUAGAAGUCUCUAAAGAGGAAAAGAAGGAAGAAACGUUGAAAACAGAAGAAAACGCUGUUAGCGAAGUAAAGAGGAAAGAUAGGAAACUAAAGAACAAAGGACGGCAGUCUGAGGAUGACGAUGAUGAUGACGACGACGAUGACGAUGAUGAUCUGGAUCUUGGUUUUGAUGACGAUGACGACGACGACGACGAUGAUGACGAUGAUGAUAGUCCUGCUGCUGACGACGACGACGAUGACGACGACGACGAUGAUGAUUACUUUGACAGGAUUUUCGAUGAUAUUUUGGGAGGUGGAGAUGACGACGACGACGACGAUGACGACGACGACGAAGAGGACGACGAAGAACCCGCCCCCGUCACCGGUACCCAAACCGCCUCAGCCGAAGUCCCUCAAGCACCCGUAGAACCGGCACUGGCGGCAUCGGAGCUUAGCCCCAGCGAAGAACUCGACGCCCAAGAAGCCGAAGCCGGGGAAGACGAGCAAGGUGCUGGCACUGACAAUGAGACAGUCGGGGCCGACGGGAAUUUUAUCGAGAAAGACCCAGUGGCAGACGCUUCCGAGACUGUAGAAAACACUGUAGAACCCGUGGUGGUCCAGCCCGUUCCGGCCAACGACGAACCCGCUGACGACGACGAAGAUGACGAUGACGACGACGACGACGACGAUGACGAUGACGGGCUGGGCGGUUUGUCUGACGACGACGACGACGACGACGAUGACGACGACGAUGAGGAUGUCGAUGACGACGAGGACGAGAGCGAUAUAGCCGACGUUCUCACUGCUAGGAGAUCACGUGAGUCCAAAAGUUUAAAGCAUAGUGCCCUAAAGGGCGGCUCCCCAAAAAUGCCCGCCAUAUACAUCUCGAAGUACAACAGAUUCGUGGACAACAUAAUCGGCCGCAUAAACAGGAUCCUGGGCAAGUCCUACGAUCCCGUCCGCGUAAAGCUGCCCUCCAACCAAAAGAACAACAACCAGGUAAAAAAUAAGGGGAAGGGCAAGAAGAAGAACUCCAACAGGAAAAACGGCCACAAACGCUCUGAUAAAGUCAGCAAUAAGAUGGGAGAAUUGCAGAUAGCAAGGGCUUCUAACGAAGUAAAUGAUACUGGCAGGUCCACAGAAAGCGAAAGCAGGGAACCAGCGUUCAUCCUAAUUUCCAAAAACGGCCCAAAGCCCGAAGAACAGGCCGCCAAAAACUCUGUACUUCCCAUUUCCCAAAACAGGGCCACACCUGUCAAACAGACCAACAAAAAGAAGAAAAAUACGAUAAGGAACGGUAUCAACAAUAACAAGAACACCAGCAACAAAAACACUAACAACAAAACUAAGCAGAGCAAUAACAAGAACAAGCAAAAGGCUAGAGCGACCCUAUUUGGGCUCAGCUCUAUCAAAAGGGACGGCGAUGUCAACGUGAAUAUGAUGUCGGAUCACACCACUGUGAAGACUAAUUUCAUUCUGGGGCCCCUCACUUUAAGGGUGGAGAGAGAGGUAGGAAAAGGUGCUAGAAGAGAACUGAAAAGUGCAACGGCUACCACUGAAGAGAUGUACGGAAGGCUAAAUUUGAGGAUCGUUCAUGGCGGUGCUGCUACGUUGCAUUCUAUUAGGGUGUUACAACCAAAACAAGUUCGAGUGGAUAGUCCCGAUAAUCACGACAAAACUAGAGAAUAUAUUUGGAAGAGAAGUGCUCACAUAGCUUCGGUCGUAUCGAGGCAACUAGCCACCGCUGCCCGAUCGAUGUUAAAACCUCCUCCAGUGCAAACUUCGUGAUUUGAUCUCGUUCCAAAGCCAACCAAUAGCAAGAACAUGACUUUUAGUUUAGGGAAGGUGUAGCUAAUCUUGGGAAAAUAUUUAUUUGAGGAUAGUUUUGCUCUGGUACCUUAUUCGGGGAAAAUUGAGACUUCCGUCAUGUGCCUUUUUAGAUUUAGUGUUUUUUUAUUUAUGUUUUAGUAUUU